AUGUCUGUCCUGCUCAAGCGAGCGGGGUUUACUUCUAUUUCUCGUCCACUACUCGAAAGUACAAUCAGAAGGAGAGGCUAUGCAUCCCAGCUAAACACUCCGAGCUUCACGAAGCCAUCGCCUUUCGGCCAGCCAUACUAUCUUUCACAUCCGAAUCUUGUUAAGAAAAAUGAAGUGACCCCCGGUUUCACGUUGGCUGAGUAUAGGUCGCGGAGAGCGCGGCUUAUGGAGAAGCUGCCGGAAUCGAGCAUGGUAGUUGCUGUUGCGGCGAACGUACAAUACAUGAGUGGAGAAAUUUUCUACAAAUUUCGUCAGGCAUCCAAUUUAUGGUAUCUGACCGGAUUCCAGGAGCCUGAGUCCGCAGUGAUUCUCGAAAACACUUCGUCAGGAUGCAAGAUGACGCUCUUUUGUCGAGGAAAGGAUCCUGCGAAGGAAAAGUGGGAAGGCUCGCGAACUGACUUCGAUAUGGUUGCGAAAAUCUUCGGCGCAGACGACGUUCUGUCUAUUGAUGACUUCCCUUCAUACCUGAAGUCCAUGUCUUCGUGCUACCCUUACGUAUACGCCGACAGCGCCAACUCCUCGAAGCGAGGGCGCCAACAGAAGUCUAUUCUAAACUAUCUAUCUUCGCCUAGUGGAUCGCGGAACGAGUAUGACGGUAUAAUCAACGCGUUAUCAAGUUCGAAGCGUAAGAACUUGGCGGAAGGGCUUGGAAAGAUGCGUGCUAUCAAGAGCGAAGCAGAGCAGCGCGUCAUGAAGGAGGCCGCCCAGAUUAGUGGGAGGGCGCAUGCCAAGACUAUGCGCUUCACUAAACCUGGAAUGUCAGAGGCUGCUCUUGCAGCGCAUUUUGAGUAUAUUUGUGCGCUAAACGGCGCGCAGCGACCUGCGUACGUACCCGUAGUCGCAUCCGGAGCAAACGCGUUGAUCAUUCAUUACACCGCAAAUGACCAAAUUGUUCGCGAUGGCGAGAUGGUCCUCAUAGACGCUGGUGGUGAAUACAAUGGUUAUGCAUCCGACAUUACGCGAACGUAUCCUGCGAACGGAAGCUUCACCGAACCGCAGCGCGACCUGUACGCCGCAGUCCUCUCUGCACAGAAGGCUCUAGUUUUGCAGUGUACCGAAGCCGCAGACGUUAGCCUCGACGCAUUACAUCGACUAUCGUGUACACUCCUUCGGACUGAGCUCAACCAAAUUGGGUUCCGCUUAUCCGUGGGUGACCUCGAGCGUGUGUUAUAUCCUCAUUAUUUGAGUCACCCCAUUGGCAUCGAUUUACAUGAAUCGAAAUAUUUUGACCGUAACGCUCCCCUUGUAUCCGGGAUGGUUGUGACUAUUGAGCCAGGAAUAUAUGUCCCGCCUUCUCCGCUCUUCCCUAAACACUUCCAUGACAUCGGGAUUCGAAUAGAGGACGAAGUACUCGUGGGGAAAGAACAUCCAGUAGUUCUAAGUGUUGCGGCCCCGAAGGAGAUUGUCGAUGUAGAAGGAGCUUGUCAGGGGUUAAUCGGUCUAGAGCCUUAUUGA